CCCGACACAAUGCUGCAACCGGUGCUUCUGCUGCUGGAAUUCGCGCCUUGAGUGCGCAGCUUGUUGCCUUCUACUUCAGAGCACCUAUAAAAUCAUUUUUCCGCACGCGUGUUGACUAUAUGGUGGGUAGCUUGGCCCUCCUCGCCCUCUUUUUCUCGAAACCCUCGCUAAUCAUUCUCGGCUCCUUCUUCGACUCGGGAAGGCAUUUGCAAGGGCUGUUAAUCCCCAUUCAUCAAAAUCUGGCUGGUCCUUGCAUACGACCACACCAGGCCUUCUGAUGCAUGCUGUUCGCACAUAUGGGUGGCGCUUCAUUCCCAAUCAAGUUAUGCCCCCUUUAUUGGCGAAUGCUGGAGUUGGCGCCAUACUUUACACAUCAUACCUUCAAGUUCUUGGAAGUCUCAACGAGUCCGUGUCGCAAGGAGUAAAGCGUAUAUACCCGCCUCCUCCGCCUUCAAAUACCUUCACAGCCGGCUUUAUAGCUGGAACUGUUCAGUCAAUAGUCGCCGCGCCCCUUGAUGCUCUCCAGGUCCGUCUACGAACAAAUGAUUUGCUUGAAGGCCAGUACCGGAGUAUGUGGCAUUAUGGUUAUCAAAAGCUCACCCAGAUCGGAGCGCGGGGUAUAUUUGCUGGUUGGAGUAUUUCCUUCUUGCGUGAUUCCCUGGGGUAUGCUUUCUUCUUUUCAUCCUUUGAGUUCGUGAAAUCUCAGGCGUACUAUUCAUUUAUUACGUGGUACUAUGGGUCUUUGCAUACUUCUAGUCCGCAUCGAUUGCAGCCUUUUCAGUCUAGCGAUCGCGGUGUUCCGCUCAUCAGACCUCAUUAUGCACUGGAGCCAUGUUUUUUAAUGGCCGCUGGUGUGAUAGCUUCAGUGGCCCAACAAAGCAUACAACGACCGCUGUCGGUCAUCCAAAGCAUCCAUGUUUCUCGCUUGGAAAUCCUUGACCACCAAGCUAGUCUCUAUCCAUCGAGGCGAGAAAUGCUACGUCUAUACUAUCAUGCCUAUCAGGAAACGUUGAGAAGAUGCAGGCGAAAGGCAUCCAGAGCUGGAGGCUGGAGGAAGUGGCUCUUUCGUGGAUUUGCCAGAGAUGCUAUUCGCCAGGUGCCCAGCACAAGUGCCGGACUUGUGAUUUUCGAGCUGGUGCGUCGUAAAUAUGCCUACAUGUCGGACACUGCAUAUAUCGAGCGGGAUGGGUAUGACAUUCUGCUGCCGUGAAAGAACAAAGAUACCAUUUCUGCCACUCUCCUUUGUCAUCGGUAUAUCUAUCAUGUGCCUCUUCUUGGAAAGCUUCACCUAUACCCCAUACCCCUUCCCCUAAUCAUCUUGGCCUUAUUCUACCGAAGUCUCAGUGCUUGAAUGGAGCCCAUGUCACCUACCGAAACAUUUCAUGAACUGCUUCGCUAAGCACAGAC